UUCAAAUUUAUUUUAAUUUUCCCGGAAAAAAAGAUUUAACCCUAGAACCGUCGGAAUUGUGAUCUGAACUAAUUAGAACUUUACAGGCUGUUUGAGAUUCAAUAAAACCGCCUCCACCAGCCCGAAUCAAAUCUCUCCCUUUGCCUUGUCUCAACUUAGCGCUUCCCUCCCUUUCCAAAAAAAAAAAUAUUGACGCCUCCCUCCAAAAAUCAAAUCCAAAUUUCACUAUCUCAUCAAAAUCCCACCAGAAAUAUCUUUCUCAAGCUAGAAUCAAUGAAACCCAAACUAUUUGAAGCGAUUCUCAACAUUUUGAUUCCAAAUCCCUAAACCCAAAAGCUUGUUCCUCUUUUGAGACUCUCACAUGCUCAUGUAUUCAAUCUUACACUCUUUGCUGUGAAUCUUCUCCAAUCGAGUCUCUCUUUUUAGCUGUGUUUUCUCGAUUCUCUCCCUCCCAAAUCACAACUCAACAAGAUCAGCAUUUGAUCUUCUUUCCUCUUCGCUCACUCGAUUCUCUUUGAGGAAUUCACUAGGCUUUACAUUUCAUUGGUGUCACUUUUUCUGAUCUUUGCUGGUGUUGGUGGUUGCACUAUCAACAUGGGAAAGUUUUACUUCUGCUUUAACUAAAUAAGGAAAUUUCGUUUUUACUACUCAAGGAGUAGUAGGCAAAUCCUGUCUUUUUGAUUUGCUUUCACUCUCUCUACCUUCUGCCAUUGAAAGCAUAAGCUGCCAUGGGUUCUAAUAGUUCUCUUGUUAUGCGUAUGACAUUACUUCUUCCACUGUUCCUUGAAACGAAAAGGUAAAAGACACAUAAGUUCUCAUUUCAGACUGUUCACAGUGUGAUAUUGCUCGUCUUCAGGCAUCCAACUGCUCUUGGGUUCCAGAGUGACAAUAGCAGUGCAGGAUCCAUCACUUCUGAUAUCUUCAGAAUUACUUCCAAGGUGGCACAAGCUUAGUCUGUUGUAUAUUGAUUUACUCCCUAAGCCUGUCAACUGACUCAAUUCUAAUCUCCAAGUUUUCAAAUGCUACUUGUCAAGUCACUUUCUGUUAUUUCAAAUUCUCAUUUAUGCGGUCUUCUCUUAAUUCCUAAACAGCCAAUAUGUUUUUCUGUAUUUUGUUCUUUCUCAACACUUGCUAAAACCUCAAAAUCCCCAAACCCUGCCCUAUUUGAUUAUCUAAUUAAAAACCUGAAAUUCUCUGAAACCAAAGCACUCUCUCUCUCCACUCGCACUGGCUACUCUGGGAUAAAAUCCGUUGAAAACCCUAUAUUUGUGGUUCGCUUUCUCCAAAACCUUGGUUUCUCCCAUUCCAAUAUCCAAUCUACUAUCAAUGGAGCACCCCAAAUUAUCUUUGCUAAUGUUGACAAGACCUUAAAGCCAAAAAUUGACCUUUUUCAAGAUCUGGGUCUUGUAGGUAAUGAUCUGGUUAAGUUCAUUUCAAAGAAUUCUAUACUUUUAACUACUAGUUUGGAAAAAAAAUUGGUUCCUCGCAUUAAAAUUUUGCAGAAAAUUUUGUUGAAUGAUGAGAAUAAUAAGGAUUUAGUAAAAGUCAUAUCUAGAUGCAAUUGGAUUAUCUGCAGUAAACCUGAAUCAGUAUUGUUAUCCAAUAUAGCAUUCUUGCAGAGUUGUGGGAUAAUUGGGUCUCAGCUCUCGAAGUUGUUAAUCAGGUCGCCUAGGCUUUUUAUUAUGCGAGAAUCCAAGGUUAGAGACCUUGUUUCUCGGGCUUUAAAUAUGGGGUUCUCAGUGGAUUCAAGAAUGUUGGUUCAUGCUUUAUAUUCUGUUGUAGGCGUGAAUGAGGGGACAUUUGAGAGAAAAUUUGGCAUUUUAAAGAGUUUUGGGUUUUCAAAGCAUGAGUACUUGGAAAUGUUUAGAAAAGCACCACAUUUGCCAAGGACAUCUGAAGAGAAGUUGAAGUUGGGAAUUGAUUUCUUUUUGAACACAGUUAAGUUCAAAAAGGAGGUGUUGGUUUAUACACCUACAUUGUUGUUGCAUAGCAUGGAAAAUAGAGUGAUUCCUCGAUACAAGGUUUUAGAGAUUUUGAAAUCAAAAAAGUUACUGAAGAAGGACCCGAGUUUUAUGAAUGUGUUGCAUUUAACAGACGAGGAGUUUCUAGAGAGGUUUAUAUCAAGGUUUCCGAAUGAGGCUGAGGAAUUGUUGGUAGCUUAUAAAGGUCAUACACUGGAUUCAUCCUCAGUAGAAGAAAAAUGUUGAUGCGAGUUUGAAUAACAUGCUUUGGUGUUUAGAGUGUCAGAGAACCUUCUUUUAGCAAACCAUAUGUAUAUCUCUCUAAAAGAGCUUAACUUUUGUAAUUUUCUAAAAUUUUGAUUUGUAAUGUUUCUGAUCAAAAAGUUUUUUUC